UUCUUGUGUCACUAUGAAUCUAGUUUUUAUAGCUGCUAACACCGAUAAACAUUUAUAGCUUUAGUCUUCGAAGUUAGAGAAGGUCACCCGUUGAUAUGCUAAAUGUUCGCGUUCAAUAUUAGACUGAUCGUAUAAACUAUCCAUAGCACAAAUAAAGCAGAAUAAUAAGAAUAUGAGAAAUCAACUAUACUAUACAAAGAUUGCAAAGUCGACUGAAUGAAACAAUUCUCAAAAAUAGUAGUAGGAUAGCUGGUAGAAGACUCAUAAAUCAUGUCCUAAAUAUGUUUCAACAGUAUAGUUUUAGUUUCAUUGUAUGCUCAUAUUUAAGAGAUAAAUGCAUGUAUAUAUUCAUAAGUGGCACGUGACUAAUUAAUGAGUCAUUGUACUCUUUAAAUAAACGGUACUGUUAUAUCAUUAAGCUUCACGUGACUGUAUCGAAAUUAAUUAUCUCAUAGAAGAAAUACAGCGGAGUUUUUGUAAAUACACUCAUUUUGUGAAACUCAUCAUAGGUUAAAUGAAGUAUGUAUGCAGAAAAUAAUUUAUGCUGAUCCAUCUACGAUCUUUUUUCAAAUCUGUACGAUCACGGAUGAUGAGUGACGGGAUCGGAUAAGAAAAGUAUGUGAAAAGUAAGAAAUCUUUCCAGUUUCACUUAAUGAAAGUAUCCGUAUAGUCUGUAAUUCGCAGCGGAGCCAAUUUCUGCUAAAAUUUGAUUAAACAACGAUAUAGUACCGAUACGACAGGAUCUCAUGCGAUACAGUCGCCCAACAAACUAACAGUUCCAUAUUUGACUUAAUCAACGCAAAGUAAAACAGCCAAUCUGGGAUAAUAAUAUCACAAUGAAGAUAAAAGAAGAUCAAAUUAUUUAUAAUUCAUCUUGUGUAUACAUAUCAAAAAAUCCCCACUAAUUCAGCAUAUCAACGGGUGACCUUCUCUAACUUCGAAGACUAAAGCUAUAAAUGUUUAUCGGUGUUAGCAGCUAUAAAAACUAGAUUCAUAGUGACACAAGAAUAAGUGACAUUCUUUCUGGUAGUUAUUCUUCAGGACAGUUAUCAAGUUUAUGUUUAGUUUUUUCGAUUGUUUUCAUUUUCAACUGUUCUGUUUAGUCGAGUUAAGCAAUAUUCAAGCGAAACGUCACGAACGGGAACCAUUGAUUUCAUUACCAAAUGUAUUAUGUCUCAUCAUAAACGAAGUGAAUAAAAGAGGCCAUUGUGCAUCGAUGGAUGAAAUUAAAACAAAUUUAAAAGUUAAUUAUCCCGAAUUUCCGUUGCCACAAGAUGAUAUUUUAUACAGUACCAUUGGGACAUUGAUACAAGAUAAGAAGUUAAUGUUGAAAAACGGUGGUUAUAUGACAUUACCAUGUGAACAAGCAAAACAUGUAAAAACACAAUUCGUCACAAAAGAUCAUAAACUACAUUCGAAUGAACAAAAAUCAAUAUUUUCUCGUCUUUUCAAUGGUAUUCGUCGUCGAGCUGAAAAUCCUCAACAACAAGAACAAGAACACCAACAUAUAGAUCUGCAGCCAUUUGCUUUUAAUGCUCCUUUAAUGGCAUCACCUAGUUUAGCCAUUAAUAAAGCGCAAAUAGUAACAAGAGAUUAUGGUUUGAUUGAUGAAAUUGAUAUGAGACAAUAUAAGCAACGCUCUUCACGUUUUAAUAAUCAACAUCAGUCAGAAAGACGAUCUACUCGUCGUCCUCACUCAAUUAAUUAUUAUAAUAGUCAAAAACAAAAUCGGCAAUAUCUCACACGUUCAUUCAGUUUUGAAGAAGAACUGUCUGUGAUACAUGAUAACGACGAUGAUACAGAUAAUCCAUCAACAAUUACAAGUUCAACACCUCGACGUAUGCUCCAAAUUCAAAAUAAUCCAUCUUAUCAGAGACAUCGAGAACGGAGAAGUAACUCUCCGUCUGUAUCGAAUACUCGUCGAAGUCAGUCAAUAAAACAUCGACCAUAUCAUCGACGGCAACGAACACGAUCUAAAUCUCAUACAAAUCGAUCACAACAACAAAUGCAACCUAUUAAUGAACAUAAUUGGACGUUAUGUUCCAAUAAUAAUCAUAGCCCUCAAUCGUCAUCAAUAACUGAUACAUCAUCAAGUGAUGAAAUUAAGCAGAAAACUACAGCAUUUUCUCCUCGAUCAACAUCAACAGUUAAUGUACCACGUAAUCGAAAACCAAUAAUGAAUGCAACUAAUUUUAGUCAACGUUUAUCUGACCUAGGUAAAAUUCAAGUAAAAGAUGAUCGACGAUAUCUAGGAAAUGAUCGACGUUACUCCUUUCAAGAACCGCUAACAUCAGCACAAUUAUCAUCUCCACCUCAAUCACCAUCUGUACAACAUCAUACAAGUCCAGUUUCAUCUACAACAAAUGAAAACGAUGGUAUUAAUGAAAAUUUAGUCGUAUAUAGUAAUGGUGAACAUCAUAGUGAUAAAGUCGGUUCGCCAAUAAACAUUAGUAUUGGUAAUAGAAAAAGUGAUAAUACAAAAGUUAAUCCCAUAAAUGAUUGUCAAAAAAACUAUUUUAUCUCAAAUGAAAAAGUAACAACACGAUAUGGCUCCCCGGAUAGUGGAAUAAGUGGAAAAACUUAG